AUGAGCGAUCCAGAUCAUCCCGAGUUAGAGGGCGAUGACGGUCGAGAAAAAGGGUUUGCGGUUCCUCGGUUGGGGUAUGAAGCGCGUGAUGCGGGGGAAGGGGAGGAGGACGGGGAGGAGCAGGGGGGAAGCAGCACCAACGCGGGCAGCUCGCAGGCGCAACGCACUCCUGCUGCCCCGGACUGCCCGCCCAACUCCUCCUCGAGCCUCCGCGCAUUCCGAAACAGCCAAUCGCAAGGAGAUGCGGCGGGGAAGGAAAGGAUGGGUAGCGCAGGAGCGGAGGCUGUGACACGGAGUGGAGUUGACUCAGCGGGGGAUGAUGGGAGCGGGGGGGAAGCAGAGGGGGGGAAUGGUAGGAGCGGGGGGAAAGCAGAGGGGGGGGAUGGUAGGAGCGUGGGGAAAGCGGAGGGGGGGGAUGGCGCUUCUCCGUCGACAGGCUGGCACCCCACGCCUCCCGCGGAGAUGCAGAGCCCGUUUGGAGUUUCCAUGCACCUGGUGGGGCUAAAAACUUUCCAGGAAGUACCUUGCUAUGAGGAGCAAUCGGACGGCACGUAUUCGACAUGUGCCCUCUCAACCCCUCCGCCUGACCAAUCAGAGCCUUCGGUUCCACGUGAUCAGGGCCCGAGCAGCUUCACAGACCCCAACGCGCAAGUGCUUGAGAUGAGCGGUCCGGAUCAUCCCGAGUUAUUGGGCGAUGGCAGUGGAGUAGAGGGGUUUGUGGUGCCUCGCUUGGGGUAUGAGGAGCAUGGGGGGGAGGAAUGGGAGGGGAAUGGGGAGGAGCAGGGGGGAGGUGGGCGUAGGAGCGCGGAGGAGGCGGAAUUCAGCAUGAACCUGUGGCUGGGGAGCAGCUACGAGGGAAGCACCACCACGAGCAGCCCCUUGGGCGGGGCUUCCGCGAGCAGCUCGCAGGCGCAACAAAUUCCUGCUGCGCCGAACUGCCCGCCCGACUCCUCCUCGAGCCUCCGCACCCGUCAAAACAAGCAGUCGCAAGGAGAUGCGGCGGGGAAUGAAAGGGGGGGAAGGGCAGGAGCGGCCAUGUCAGUGCAGGUGCGGAGUGGAGUGGAGGCAGGUGGGGAUGGUCAGAGCGGGGGGGCAGCAGAGCCGGGGGAUGGUGCAGCCGUGGCUGAAGGGUGGCACCCAACGUCGCCCGUGGUGGUGCAGAGCCCGUACGGGGUUUCCAAGCACCUGGGGGGGACAGAAUCGGGGCGAGCGGAGGAGUGCGGGGACAUGGACCGAGUGUGGGAGGAGAUGUACGUGCAGAGGGAGUGUGCGUCGCUGCCCACCUCCCCCAGGGACUCGAGGCGCGCGUUGCCCGCCAUCAGGCGCCUCCUCACCAUCCGCAGAGGGGACUUUGUGGAGCGGUUGAGCAGCCGUGACAGCUUUUCCAGCACCGACAGCCGCGUGAGCGUCUCACAGCAAGCCGUCUCACAGCAAGCCGGUGGGUGGAAUGAGGGGUGGCAGCAGCAGGGGAGGGCGGGCGGGGAGGGAGGUGUACGGCAGUGGCGGCGGCGGCGCUAUGGGUCUGUGGACUCCAUUCACCUGAGCUCCAAUCAGCUGGACUCGGAGUUGACGCUCAUAGUGGAGAGCGAGGUUGUCAUGUGCCAGGUGUUGCCAUCCUCUCAAGGCCUUUCCUCUCAAGGCCCUUCCUCUCAAGGCCCUUCCUCUCAAGGCCCUUCCUCUCAAGGCCCUUCCUCUCAAGGCCCGUUAUUUGGAGAAGGCAGUGAUGCGGGGUUGCAGUGGCAGCGGGGUGUAAGGAGUGAAACGGCGAUCCCAGUGGCCCGCCCAGUCACGUCGCUUCUACAGCCACUCUCUCCUCGCCUGCCCGUGAUCCGAUCAGCUCCGUUCAUGGGCUACAGGCAGCCAGAUCCAUACCUCCAGCAGGAGAAGGCUGAAAUCCGCACCAGUAUCACCGUCUCAUCCCUUGUUUCACCACUGGCUUCUCCUGCCGUCUCUUCCAGGGACGUGGCAUGCUGGACUGACCACAAAAGGCAGGACCACUUCCUAGCUCUCGACCCCCCCACUCUCACUGUCGACGACUUCGAGAAGCACCUCCUUGCAGCAAAGAAGAACAUCCUCGCUGUAGGUGCUGCUCGUGGCACUCCUCGCUCUCCCCUCUUUGAGGGGUGCUCCCCCUCCCCUCUCAACCCCUCCUACGCCUCCGCAGCUGCUGCUCACGACUACCUUGGUGCUGAGGAGGUCGGGGCUGCUUCCGCUCCAAGUGGGAAGCGUCGCAGCGGCAGGGGCGGCAAGGGUGGCAGGGCAGGUGGGGGCGGUGGUGGAGGUGGCGGUGGUGCAGGCGGCGGGGGCGGUGGAGGUGGUGGGGGUGGUCGUGGGGGUGGAGGGGGUGGAGGUGGUGGUGGGGGCGGCGGAGGCACUGGGGGCGGUGGAGGGGGCAGCAGCGGCGGUGGGGGAGGAGGGAGCGGUGGUGGCAGUGGUGGUCAGGGCCAGUAG